CACUGGUGGGUGGGCACAGGUGGGUGGCACAGGUGGGUGGCACUGGUGGGCACAGGUGGGUGGCACUGCUGGGCACAGGUAGGUGGCACUUCUGGGCACAGGUGUGUGACACUGCAGAGUGGCACAGGUGGGUGCACUGCUGGGCACAGGUGGGUGCACUGCUGGGCACAGGUGGGCGGAACUUGCGGGUGGCACUGCUGGGCACCGAUCAUCAGGGCACUGAUCAUCAGUGCCCUGAUGAUCGGUGCCGAUCCCCGCUCUGACAACUGCCGGUUCUCGGCAGUACUUUCCUCACGAUCUGACAGCGUGAGGAAAGUGCAGCCGAGAACCGGCACUUGC